AUGGAUGAACCAACCAAUUGUACUGAUCACUUUGAACUAUUCAAGAAUGAUAUUGAAACACGGUCAAGUGAGCUAAUGCACCAUUUGGAAAGUUCCCGGACAUCCUUUUGGGAAAAUCUUCGCGCCUGCCGUGAGUACGUUAUUGAACGGAUAAACUUUUUAUUUAGUGAGCUUGAGUUGCAAGCUAUGAAUGAUCAAAAGGAAAUUGAUGAGAAAGCUCAAGAACUUGGAAUUGGUAUUAUGAACACUUUCGAAAAAAUUGGAGCUUGUGUUUCGACAAUCGAUGCUUGCAAGCGUACACUAAAAAACCUGUCCUUUGAUGCUCGAGCAUCUGAAGACUAA